GGAUCAAGGAGCAGAGUCGGUGGGCGUGCCGGCGCAGCGGUGACGUGGUCUUACCCAGCCACUGGAAGACGGACAGUCUUGGGACCGCACCGCUCUCCGCACUGUGACUGGAGACGGCGUGAUUAGGUACUGCUCAGACAUAACCGUGCCGCCAGUAUGCCGCUGGACCGUCAUGACGUGAUGGCGCUGCUCGCGCAGCUGGCAGAGGAGGAGGAGAUGCGAGUCACCGUGAAGGGCUCGGCUCAGGGCGCGCUGCUCGCCGGUGCAGGCGCAUUCUUCGGUGGCCUGCUGAUGGGUCCGGUGGGUUUACUGAUUGGCAGCACGGCCGGCGGCGGCGCCGGCUACGCGCUCUCGGCCGGCAAGUUCCGCUCAGCCGGCGAGGUGAUCCGGCAGCUACCUCCCGACCGGCAGUGUCAGCUGGAGCGCCGCGUCAACCACCUGGUGUCGCGGCUGACCGCGCAGGACGUGCUGACUGCGGUCACCAUGCUGGCGAUUGGCGGCGGCGCCGAGAUUCGCUCCCUCAUCAUCGCCCAGGUGGUGAAUUUCCUCACCAAUGAGAUGGCCAUGGAGGUGUCUGGCGUGCCGGGCCAAACGUGGUGAGACUGAGGCGCCGAGCGGCAGCAGGACGGGGGGAGGACAGCCGACUGCCCCUCUGCCGCCGUACGGUCGGGCACGCGCGGCAGGGACGAGAUUGGGCUGAAGGACACAGAGCGCCGACUCUCGAGGGUCUGAAUGUGGUGCUCUUGGACAGUCGAGUGUGUAUGUGUGUGCUGCCUGUAGGGGAAGGGGAGACGAUGUGGUGACCGUUGGACAUAACCCGGCAGUUGCUGGGGUAUUUCGCCCCCCCCCCAGCAACUCGCGGGUUAAUAUGCGUGAUAUCUAUUCUACGAAUGCUCUAUGAGCGGUAUACUGCCAGGAAAGCGUGUGUGACGGUGCUUCGGCUAGUGGCACUACCGGCCGCAUCUGCUAGAUGUGGGAAGAGGAGGAGGGUAUAAUCGUGGCAGACUGCUUGAUUGUCUGCAUUCACCGUGAUAUAUCAUUGAAGUGAACUAUUCUUCUAAACUGUAAACAUUGGCUCUGUACUUUGCACGCAAGCACAGCUGUACGCCAGCACUUAUGUCCUUGCCAAGAGGAAUGUGCGCAGUCAAGUGAAGCACAGUUGUGUGGUGGUUGAAGGGGCUGAUGAGCUGAAGUGACCUUGCUGUUGCGUGAAGAAUGAAACGAGAUGCUUAGGGUGUAAUAUGUGCUCUUUUGUGUACGAUUUUCUAAAUAUGCCUCAAGCACAUAUGGCUAAUGUGAACGUCACGUUGCGCUUGCCUUGAAUUGCUGUUUUGGAGUGAUCUCUGCGGCAAACGAAAUAAAAAUGGAAGGUUUUGAA